UUAGUUAGUUUUCUUUUGUGCGUCUACUUUAUCGUUUCAUUUUAAUUUUUCUUCUACUGCUUCUCUGUCGUCGAUAAUUUUGACAACUUGUGUUUGUGUGUGUCUGUCUACCAAAAAAAGCAGAAAAAAGUAACACGGGAGAAAGGAUUUAUUGUUUUUAUUUAACUAGAAAAGAAAUUUUUAUUAAAAUUUUAUGUUUAAAAUAGAAAAAAAGUUAAAAGUGUUAAAUAAUUGCAAAUAAUUAAAAAAGUGUAAACUUGCGGCUUAAAUGUGACAAAAACAAAUCAAAGCAAAAAAUAGAGAGAAUCGUUGAAUGUCUUGUGUUUUGGGCCGUGUUUGUUUGUUGGUGUCUUGCAGUCAUCAGCAUUAACGUUGUAGUUAGACGACGUCGUCCAAUUUGAAAAUAGAAAAGUUUGCUAAAGGCCCCAUGAAGUGGCAAGAAGAAAUUAAAUACACAAAAUCGAAAAGAAAUAAAAUAAAUUUGAGGUGUAUAAAUAACAACAAGAUACAACAACAGCAGCAACAAUAACAUUAGUGAAGUGUAAUAAAAAUCCCCAAUCAAUUGCUCCACUCUGCUUCGACAAAAGUGUAGAAAUUCUUGAGCUAAUUUGGUUCGUACAACGAAACCAAAAAAUAUCUAAAUGUGGCAUUAUAAAUAAAGAAAUAAAUACAAGAAAAAAAUCCAAUAGCUAAAAGCGGAAAUUCUAAAAAAGUAACAAGCCAGCAAUUGAUUUGUAUUGUAUUGGAAGAAAUUGAAUAAAGAAGGAAAAAAAAAUAAAUUAAAAAUCUCAAUUUCAAAUCAAAACAAGCAAAAGAGCAAAAUAAAGUAAAUUAAAGAAUAGAGUAGUAAAUCCAAGUGGUUAAGUAAGUGAGUGAGUGUAUUGUGAGUGAAUGACUAAGUAGUGGCCUAAAAGAUCAGUUAGUGGUAAAAAAAAGCAAAUAGAAAAAAAUAAAACAAUAAAAAUAAACACAAACAAAACAAAAAAUUAUACAUAUAAUUAUAAAAGUGGUAGUAGGAAGACAUCAUCCAUCACUUUGUACAUUGAUCCACUGUUUGCUGAAAAAAAAAACUAAACUAAAUUCAACGAACCCCAAAACAACAACAACUAUACAACAGCAGCAGUAGCAAAAAUUUAAAAAGUGGCUAAAAUAAAGUGAUGGCAUUAGCGCGUAAAUUAACCGAAAGAAUAUAUGAGAUAAAAGCGCAUAAUGGCAAUGUUACUUGUCUGGAUGUUGGUGAAACGGGUCGUGUUUUAGUUACGGGUGGUCAAGAUCGUAAUGUAAAUUUAUGGGCCAUAGGACAAACAGAAUGUUUUAUGUCACUAACCGGUCACAAUCGACCCAUAGAUUGUGUACGUUUUGCAUACAAUGAUGAUUUUGUAUAUUCUGCCGAUGAUAUAGGCAUUAUAAGACGUUGGGAUUUAAAUGCCCAAACAAUAUGUUCAACAUUAAAUGGUCAUAUGAAAAGUGUGCGAACAUUGGAUUUUAAUCCAUCUGGAGAGUAUGUUGUGUCGGGCAGUAAUGAUACAACAGUGAGACUCUGGGAUGUUCGCAAUCAAAACAGUUGCAUGAAAAUCUAUCGUGGUCAUAUAUCACAUGUUAACUCUGUAAAAUUUUCACCGGAUGGCCUUUGGAUUGCCUCGGCUGGCACCGAAGGUUCUGUCAUCAUUUGGGAUAUACGUAAGAGUAAACAGAUUAUGGAAUUUUGUGAUCAACCAGCUGGUGCUGCUAUAACCUGUAUACAAUUUCAUCCAUUUGAAUUUUUACUGGCUGUGGGUCGUGUUGAUGGCACCGUCUGUAUAUAUGAUUUAGAAACAAAAUCACGUAUAACACAAACAGAUUCGACUAGUUUAUUUUAUCGUCAUCCCAUUAAAUGUAUAACAUUUAGUGAAAAUGGUGAAUGUUUGUUUGUGGGCACAGCAGCUGCUAUUUCAGUAAUUGGUUGGGAACCAGAUCGAGAAUUUGAUCAUAUUAAAUCGGCUUGGACAGCAUUGGGUGAUAUGAAAAUUGUCAACAGAAGAUUGAUUUGUGGCUCCUUUGAACAGGAAUACGUUAGCAUUGAUGCUCUCAGUGUUAACCGAGUAUUCCCCUUUUAUAAUCCAUCUAACAAUACCGCCCCCGCCUUUAAUCACAACUCAACCACACGAAAAAGUUUUUCGCGAGGCAAUCAGAAGUUAAGACUUUCGAUUGGUGGUACAAAACCGUCCAGAUUGGUGGAAGAAAAUGAAGAUAAUCGUAGCCCGAGUUUAGAUGGUCAUUCGUCGCCAAAUCUCAGCUUAGAAUUGGUUGAUGAAUCUGCCAUAGAUCCUGCAAUGCAAACACCCACAUUACCGUCCGUUUCUACACAUCCUCUCAAUGGUCAUGGAGGCAAUUCAAUAAAUAUAACCCUAACAGAUUUUGAAACAAGCUAUACGUCAAUGGGAGGCAGUAGUGGUGGUGUUAAUGUCCCCUUGAAAAAACUAUCAUCUUCACCUUAUCAUUUUCCCACUAUAGCUUCAAGCACAGCAUAUUCAUCAUUUGGUGGUAGUAGUUUGGGGGCCUUAAAUUUUGAUGGCCCCAGCUCAUUGAAAAUGCCCGGAGAACGGGGAGAUAUAUAUCAAUAUGAACGUUUUGUAGAUCCUUUUAAUCAGGAUUCCGAAAUAAAUUUCAAUGAAAGUUUCCCGCCUGUUAUAACAAAUUACGAUAAUACCGAAAUGGUUGAAGAUUUUCCAGUCAAUACAAAUCUUCAUCAACCGCCCGGUUCGACAGGCCCAAUAAAUGGCACCAGCAAUUCGGUGAGUUCCACAACCAGUUCGUCGAAUUUCGCCCAUCCGCCUCCGAAGACAGCUAAACCAAAAACAACAUCGCACAUUACAAAACGCACUACCCAGGUAACGAGCGGUGGUGGUGGUGUUAAGAACAGUGUUUCCUCCACCUUUCAACAACGCAAUAAACUAUCGCAAGUAUCAUCCGUCAGCACAACUGAAUUGCACAAAAUGGAUGAUAAUAUGCUUAUUAAGAAAUCCGCUUCAUCACAUAUUGUUGUAAAUAAAAAUAAGGCACAUGUGAAUAAAGAGAAUGCACGUAAUAAAAAUAUCACUGUGCAAAUAAUAACUAAACCUCCUACACGUUCACGUACUUCGUUGGAAUUGAGAUCACCGCAAAAGCAAGCACAGCAAUCGGCGGCACAAAGACAGACACAACGCCUUUCUAGUUACAACAUGGAUACUAGUAAUGGCUCUGCAAAUAUUCCUAUUAGUUAUCGUCCAGAUCCGUCUUUACUCAGCCAAUCGGGUGUGAAUCAAAAAAGCUUUAAUAAUAGUCGUCAUGGUAUUGAUGAUAAUGUACCAGAAAUUGAAAUGUUAUCAGCAACACAUGAACAAGUUUAUCAGGAAUUAAGUAAUCGCAAUGCAACUUUACAAAUUAUACGAAAUUCAACAAGAUCUCAUGAUGUUCUUGCUGCCCUUAGGCAGGCCAUUAAAAUGGGUCGCACAGUUUUUGUGGAUCUAUUAGGAGCAAUAUUAGAAAAAACAUCGUCCUGGAAUUUAGAUUUAUGUAUUUUAAUAUUACCAGAAAUUUAUGAAUUGCUGCAAAGUCAACAUAAAUUUCACUAUACACGUGCAUGUGAUACGCUACGUGUUAUACUCUCAAAUUUCUUGCCAAUAAUUCAGGAUAAUCUUGAUCCCUGGGUCAAUGGUUUGGGUGUGGAUGUUACACGAGAAGAACGCCAUCGCAAAUGUUUAGAAUGUCAACGAUGGCUUUUACAAAUACGAAAUUUACCCGAAAGCAAUCAUUUUGGUACCACACUCAGCCAAUUGCAAAAUAUGAUUGUUAAUAUUUAAGAAAUAAUAAGUACACAGGUCUUAUACAAUUUUUAUGUUUAAUAGUUACCCCCUUUUUACUUAUAUUUUCUUAAUUCAUUUAUUUAUUAAUUAUGUUUUUUU